GACCACCAUCUGGACCCACCGUGUCCGCUUCCUGGAAGAACGGGUCCUGCCGCACUGGGCAGCUUUCACCAUCUGGAACGCGGGCAGGCAGGGCCGCCGGCUUUACCGCAGCCUGAUGGCCGGGACACGACGCAAGGUGGUUGCCUUCUGUGACGUGGACGAGAACAAGAUCAGGAAAGGCUUCUAUUGCCACGAGGACUCUCAGGAAAGGCCUAAGCCUCGGGUUCCAAUCCUGCACUUCCGAGCUGCCCGGCCACCUUUCGUCAUCUGCGUGAAGCUGGACCUCACCGGGGGUGCAUUUGAAGACAACCUGAGGUCACUGCACCUGCAGGAAGGCCGGGACUUCCUUCACUUCAGCUGAUGGGCCCACGGCAGCUGCCCCCAGGGGGUCUGAGAGGAGGCAUAGCCCAUGGAAGGUAAACGCUCCCACAAGUCAGCAGCUUAGCCCAGGCAAGAAAACCGCUCCCUGUGAAGGAAGCAGCAGCCAGGGCCUGCCAGGACCCAUCGGCUCCCUCGGCCCCCACUGCCACACGCACCGCGGGGGCAGCUCGUUCCCCAGCCCAGACACCGUCCGUCCUCGGUUCAUGGCCCCGACCACAGCACGGCCACCACCUUCGCCCCAGAUGUGCCCGUGACGCCACGGUCCAGGCCUCAGCCCGCGAGACAGCAUACGGGGCGUGGCCACGUGAGCCCUGAGGUGGCGAACCUCCGUGCACGUCAGCCUUGCUGGCCUUUAGGUUAGGUCUGCUCGGGGCAGUUAGAAAGAGGCACUGUUUCGGGAACGAAGGAACCAACUGUGGAACUUCCCACAUGGCUCCAGAGAACCCAGUAUCCUAGAAGACCAUCCGCCCGGGGCAGAUGCUGGGUACCCACACACCUACCUCUCUAGCUACCACGAGCCUCUCCUGUGGGGUCACAGCCCGUCUCAGGCAGGAUUCUUUGGUUGCACAAAACUGUGAGGGGUUGGUGGCCACGGGCAAUGCCCACGUGUGCUGGGCACGACAGCGGGGCCGGGGGGGAGGGGAGGAACUUGGGACCUGGGCCCGGUCGCCUGCACCCCUCCGAAUCAGUGUCAGAGACAGAGACACAGAACUGCUUAGGACAUGAUUUUAUAGACGGGGGUUCCCAGGGACAUGAAGACAAAAGCACCAACACCCAGGACACGUGUGAGGAAAAGCCACUGCUGUGGGGACGAUCUCCAAGUCCCUCAGCGCCGCGUCCAGAUGUCUCGUGCUGACCAUCGUCGGGCUCCUCCUCUCUGCUGGGUGGGCGGGGGGCCUCAGCGGGUGCCAGGCUGUGGGGGACACAGCACAAGGUCAGACCGCCCCCCCGAGCCCUGUGGCCGACACGACCCGGGGAGCAGCGGGGAGGUCCCCGAUACCCCGCCCCCCAUUUUCAUCUACCCGUGCGUCAGAUUUUCCUGAUAAAAGCAUACACAGCACGUUUAGUUGGAAAGCCCAUGUUGCGCUUGGCCUGCCGUCCCCACUCCUCACGGUGCCACCCAGGGGGCCCGAGAGAAGACAGGCACAGUCACCACACAUGUGGAACCAGGGGGGAGCAGGAAAACCAUCCCAGAAAUAACAGCGUGAUUCCAGGUGCCCGGAGGACGGAAGACUGAAGAGCUGACAGGACGCAGGAAGGAGGCUGCUCGGAAGGCUGGCAGGGGGUCACGUGCUGGGACGGCAGCUGGUGCCACCCUCCCUUUACGCCGCCGGGCGCCCGCGGUCCUCACUGGAAGACCCGCAGGAAAACUGAGAUCAGACAAGAAUCAAAGAUGGCAGCCGUAAACCCAACUGAAUCGUAAUCACAGGGUAAGUAGGAGGACACAAAACACUCCCAACGAGUUGAUAAUUAAAGUAGAUUAAAAACAGAUAAGACCUAAUUAUCAUUUAUAAGCAGUCCACUUAAAUGUAAGAAAACACAGAAAGGAAAACGUGUAAACGACAACCAAAAAUCCAGUGUGGCCGCAUUGCCAUCAGACAAAGCAGACUGGAGGGCACAGUGCAUUCUUACAGGCAGCGUAUUUCCAAGUGGUCAGGUCACCAAGACGGUGGCAUAAACUUAAGCCCACGGGCACCCAGUGCCGUCACUUGCGACAUACCACAACGCCGAGACGUCAGAACGAGGAGCGGGCAGGCAGGUUUGGGAAGCCCUAAGGGCAUGCGGGGAACAGCCGCAUGUUCGCAGCCUCAUCAGAGUGGAGCCCCCCCCAAUGCGGAGAUGGACAAAUGCAGAUUUGGCCUGGAGCAGAGGCUGCUGGAGCUCACCGCAGAGCAGAAGGCACGCCUGAGUGCCGACUCGACGAGCUGCCGGAGGCGGGUGUGAGCUAGCAGGAGGGCAAGACUCUGGGGGUGCCAUCUUGGGGGGACCCCGCAGGUUCACCUGGUCAUAAACCUGGAAAGCCCCCUGCACUCUGGCAGCUGACUGCUGUGAGUCGCACCUGGGCGUCUCCAGCACGAGGGUCUCCUGUCCAGGGGACAGGCCUGAGCCCAUGAUACCUACAGGGGGACAGCAGGGAGCCCAAGGCUGAGGUCUGCUCAGAUGACUGCAAACUGCCCCACAUCCUGCCACCUCUCCAGCAGGACUCCAGGGUCAUGGCCAUGGGUCCGCUCUCAAAGAGCACCCGGACCAGCACCCCCUCGGAGGGGGACAGUGCAGGGACGCCCCAGGCAAGGGCACGACGUGCUGGAGAAGUUCAAAGGUCUGGAGGCUGCUGCAGUACCAAACACACAGGGGCCCCUGCCAGACAAACACAGACCUUCACAGGCCUGAGGCCCACUUGCCUCAGUUCCUGCUACCAGCACAACAUGUCUGGCUUUCAAGAAAAACUUACAAAACGUGCUAAGAGGCAAGAAAAAGCAGUUGGGAGAGAUGGUACCAAAACCAAAACCAGACUCAGACGUGCAGAGUUGGAAUGACCAGACAGGGUUUAAAACAACUAUCGUCAAUGUGCCAGGAGCUCUGAUGGGGAAAGUGGGUGCCACCAAGGACAGACGGGCAGUGAAAGCAGAGGCGGAAAGUCUAAGGAAGAAUCCAAGGAAAUGCCAGAAAUCACACAGUAACAGAAAUGAAGACUAGACAUCAUCAGAGAAAGAAUCCGUCAACCUGAAGAUUGGUCAAUAGAAACUUCCCAAAUUGAAAUGCCAAGAGAGAAAAGAAAGGAAAAAUGAACAAUUCCAAGAGCUGGAACAGUGUGGCAUCCCUUCUCCAAUCCAUAAAGCACAAAGCGCUCCUGAGUGCUCAAGGCUGCAAGCCUCAGCAUCACAGACAUCGGUCCUUGCCAGGUGGACCCGCAGGCUCCAAGCCACCCUCGGCCAAAUGCCUGGCUGGUUCCAUGGUGCAAACUGACGAGACUAUUCUGCAGGGGUUUCUGAAACCCUAAGGGCCAAGAGUCAAGAUGGUCUUAGAAAAAUAAAACUGGAGAUGGAGUCACGUGAGCACCACGACAUCCCACAAGACCCGCCUGUGUCUGGCUUACAGACAGAGAUCCCGGAGGACAGAGGACCCAAGAGGAGAGCCCCACGUGUGGCCCAACUUUGGCCAUGGUGACACUGGCCAGAAUGGAGCUGCAUGGACUGCGCACGGAAGACGCAUCUGCUGGCCUUUCCCCAGCACCACAUGCAAACGCCAGUCCAGAGUGGCCUCAAAUCUAAAUGUAGGAGACGAAACAAUAAAGCUUUAAGAAACACGGAGGAGACACAACC